AUGGCGAGUGUCAAUUACGAGACAAAAUUUACAUUUUUAGAUAACUUGGUGUUAAUGGACGAGUCAAUUCAAAAGACCUUUUGCGAGAAGCAGAAGUACGUGAACUACGCGAUGUGCAUUAAUUUCGACAAGAUCAAUUUCUUCGACAAAAUUGAUGAGAAUUGGUUUGGGGCAAAUGAUAUGGUAGACGGCAUUUUUGUUGCUCUUUGUGUGCUCAACAAGUUUGACGUCUUCAAAGCCAAAUCCAAUUGCAAUUUUUUCAAUAAAAGUCAAAUAUUGUCGAGUGUGUGUUUAACAAAGUGUUUUCAAACGAAUGUGAUAUGA